AUGACUCUGCUUAUGGAUUUCCAUGGGAGCAGAAAUAGGAACACAAAUACUCCUCCUAGGAGAGGCCUCGCAGCAAACGGUGACUCCAAGGACACCACACAAAGUUACACCCGGGGCAGGGACGGGCACGGAAGCCCCUGCGAGGACAGGCGGCCGCACCGCUGCUUUUCUAACCACCGGAUUCCUGAUGUGUGCAUUUCAAAGCAUCCACCCGCGGGGCUUCGGGACUCCCGGAGCUGCCCGGGCUUGGCAGGCCCCGGGCAGCGGCGGGGGGGCCGCUCGCUGGGGAACGGGUGUGUGAGCAACGUGUUCAGUGUUUCUGUCAAACGUGUUGUCAUUCAGCAGGUUAAUAAUUGUAGUCUGCAGCUGGUCAUUCAGACCUCAUCAAUUGCAGAUAAGAGCAAACCUUUUGAAUUCAGGAUAAAUAAAGAGCAGUCAUCUUUCCACAAUAGACUUCUGCAGCAUGAUUUGGAAAAAACCUACUCGGGAAGGCAAGGAGACCAUACAGUAUUAAGUCCUUUGGUGCGUAAUAAGCAGAUAUAUCUUCCAGUACCAUCCAGUCUGACAGAACUUUCUGGUUUGGACUUCAAGCAGGAUACAGGUUCUUUACCAGGAUUUGGCGAGUCCUCUUUUCACACCCCUACAAAAUCCAGAUCCCGACAAAACAGCCACAAUAUUGGUUCACUUGCUUCAGAUAAUAUAAAUUUUGGGAGCAGUUCAUCAAUAACAUUUCCUGUGUUGCAACGUACUGCUGAAGAAAAAAUCCUGAACUCUGAUAGACUCAGCCUGGAAAGGCAAAAACUAACAGUGUGCCCCAUUAUUGAUGGGGAAGAUCAUCUUCGCCUUUUGAAUUUCCAGCAUAACUUUAUAACCCGGAUCCAGAAUAUUUCUAAUCUGCAGCAUCUUGUUUUCUUAGAUUUAUAUGAUAAUCAGAUAGAGGAAAUAAGUGGGCUCUCAUCUCUUAGAUCCCUAAGAGUCCUUUUGUUGGGAAAGAACAGGAUAAAGAAGAUUUCAAAUCUGGAAAACCUAAAAAAUCUUGAUGUUUUAGAUCUUCAUGGGAAUCAGAUUACUAAAAUAGAAAACAUCAAUCAUUUGAGUGAACUGAGAGUGUUAAACCUCGCCAGAAACCUGCUGACCAUUGUAGAAAACCUUAACGGACUGGAUUCCCUCACAGAGCUCAACCUUCGUCAUAAUCAAGUCUCUGCUAUAAAAGAUGUGGAUACUUUGCCCUGUCUUCAACGUCUCUUCCUCAGCUUCAACAGCAUAUCUAGUUUUGAGGAUAUUCUGUGCCUUGCUGAUUCUUCAUCUUUGUCAGAUAUCACCCUUGAUGGCAAUCCAAUAGCUCAGGAGACAUGGUACAAACACACUGUUCUCCAUCAUAUGAUGCAGCUCCGACAGCUAGAUAUGAAGAGAAUCACAGAAGAAGAAAGACGUAUGGCAUCUGUUGCAGCAAAGAAAGAGGAAGAAAGGAAGCGUGAAAGCCAUAAACAGGCCCUGCUUAAGGAAAAGAAGCGAUUAACGAUUUCUAAUAUUGCUCGUCAGUGGGAGAUACAGCAGAAUCGAGUAGCUCUUGUGGCUUCUUUAAACCAAGAUAAAGAUAAUGAGCCCUGUCAGAUCAAUGGCAGUGCUGCAUAUGUGUUUCCUGAAGAAAGCAGGUCUCUUGAUACCAUACUGAGCAGUGCAGUACAAGGCCUGUCUGUUCUUGAGUCUCAUUUAGUGGAAGUGGAAGGAGACACUCUUUGCUUGUAUGGUGCUGGAGCACUGGAGUGCCUGGAUAGAAACUGGAGUGUUCAAACAGCUGGGACUAUUGUCACAAUCUCCUUUGUGUUCAUAGAAUUUGAUGAAAUUGUUCGAGUGUUAACAAAACUGAAGAUAAAAUUUCCUAAUUUUGUGCACCUGAAGUUUAAGGAGACAAAUCUUGUGGCACUGCAGCAGUUCAACGCACUAGCCCAGAUGCAUCACAUUGAACAGCUGACAGUUGAUCGUCAGGGAAAUCCGGUUGUCAACUUUACUUUGUGGAAAUACUAUGUUCUGUUUAGACUGAACCAUUUUAAUCUACAGCAGAUAAAUGGAAUAAAGGUCACUGAAAAUGAUCUUGUAGUAGCAGAAAGACUCUUUGGCAUUCUGGCAUAUGUAGCAUCUUCUGAGCUGCCACCUUAUCGUGUGCUUUCGUUAUUUGGAGAAUCUAGGAGGAAGCAAUUCCAUUAUCUGCUGGAGGGAAAGGCAAAGAAAUCUGGAAUUGUGAGUGAGGAAGGUAGUGAUUACAGAAGAAAUGGAGGGGAAAGCACAACUCGAGCAGCGCUGAAUUAUACAACAAAGGAAUUAUAUCUGGAAAAGCUUGAGGAAAUGAAGGAAAGAAAAACAUUUUGCCAGACGUACGUUGAGAACUUAGUGAAAGAAGCAGCUGACAUCAAUAUGAAAAAUGAGUCGUUGCAGAAGCUCUGGCCUCAAAUGUUCAUUGAGCUUGUCAGAGAUGCAGUGAUAGAAAUACGCAAUAAAAAUUCCUACAUGAAACUCUGCUUGCAGCGGAUCACUGAUCAAAAACAGUAGACCCAAGGCUUGUUGUCUUGCAGGCUUUUGGUUUCAGUAUUUUAUGAUGUUUUGCAAACUGAAAACAAUAGAAUAUAAAAUUACUAUCCCUAUGGCAUGCUUCACACACCCCCCCAAAGGGAUGCUUUGAAAUCUUCAUUAACUCUUGAUGGUUUUGGAAAAAAAAAGGUUACUUGCAUACUGCUUUAAUGAUGCUUCCUUGGUAAACUGAUGAGACAGAAUAGGAGUAAUCGGAUGAUUGUCAUGUU